AUGUUUUUCAAAGAAGUCCCAUCUUUGCACACAUCAGAGAUCUCACACAGGAGAGAAGCCGUAUUCCUGCCCAGAAUGUGGGAAAUGUUUUUCAUACAAGUCCAGUCUUUACAAACAUCAGAGAUCUCACACAGGGGAGAAGCCGUAUUCCUGUCCUGA